AUUUAAACUCUGGUCCCCACCCCUCAGCGCCCCUUCUCCUGGCUUCCAGCUGCCCCCUCCUCUGUCGUGGGCUUCACUCACUCUUCCCCGGGCUUGGGGAGGGGGCGGGGAGGCCCGGCGCACCCAGUGGCUCUGACUCCCGUGGGCGCCGCGCACCUGUUGUUUGCGGCAGCCGCGACCCUCAGCGCCGCUCUCCGGGCAGGCGGAGCGGCCGGGCCGAGCAGACCGGGCUUGUGGCCGCGGGAGGGGCCAGAGAGCUGCGGUGCGCGGGGGCCCGACCACCGCGGCGCCCGGACGCGAUGGCGGCGGCGGAGCCCGCGACCUCCGGCCAGCAGGCGCCGCAGGGUCAGGGGCAGGGCCAGCGGCCGCCGCCGCAGCCUCCCCGGGCGCAGAGCCCGCAGCCGCUGCCGCAGCAGCAGCUCGGGAACUCUGGGAGUGGCAGCAGCAGGCACGAGAAGAGCCUCGGACUGCUCACCACCAAGUUCGUGUCGCUGCUGCAGGAGGCCAAGGACGGCGUCCUGGAUCUCAAAGCGGCUGCAGAUACUUUGGCUGUGAGACAAAAAAGAAGAAUUUAUGAUAUCACCAAUGUCUUAGAAGGAAUUGACCUGAUUGAAAAGAAGUCAAAGAAUAGUAUCCAGUGGAAAGGUGUCGGUGCUGGCUGUAAUACUAAAGAAGUCAUAGACAGAUUAAGAUAUCUCAAAGCUGAAAUUGAAGAUCUAGACCUGAAAGAAAGAGAACUUGAUCAGCAGAAGUUGUGGCUACAGCAGAGCAUCAAAAAUGUGGUGGAUGACUCUGUUAACAAUAGAUUUUCCUAUGUAACUCAUGAAGACAUCUGUAAUUGUUUUAAUGGUGAUACACUUUUGGCCAUUCGAGCACCUUCUGGUACACAGUUGGAGGUACCUAUUCCAGAAAUGGGUCAGAAUGGACAAAAGAAAUACCAGAUCAAUCUCAAGAGCUGUUCAGGACCUAUCCACGUACUGCUUAUAAAUAAAGAGUCCAGUUCGUCUAAGCCUGUGGUCUUUCCUGUUCCUCCACCCGAUGACCUCACACAGUCUUCCUCUCAGUCCUCAACUCCAGUGACUCCACAGAAAUCCAACAUAGCACCUCAGAAUCUGCCUGAGCAGCAUGUCUCUGAAAGAAGCCAGAAUUUCCAGCAGACACCAGCUACAGAUGUAUCUUCUGGAUCCAUUAGUGGAGAUAUCAUUGAUGAGUUAAUGUCUUCUGAUGUGUUCCCUCUUUUAAGGCUUUCUCCUACCCCGGCAGAUGACUACAACUUUAAUUUAGAUGACAAUGAAGGAGUUUGUGAUCUGUUUGAUGUUCAGAUACUAAAUUAUUAGAUUCCAUGGAAACCUGGGACUGUUAUCUACCUCUAACUGUGUAACAUUUUAGACUUCUUAAUAACCUAAGUAUUUAAAAUAAGGAAUGUAACACCUUGUUAGUUCACUGAUUCUGAAGUGUUCUUCCCUAAUACUUUUUUACUUCACAAAACUUUAACCAUAAAAAUGGAUACUCUUGCUCAGGCUGGUCUCGAACCUGUGAGCUCAGCAAUCCACCUGCCUUGGCCUCCCAGAGUGCUAGGAUUACAGGCAUGAGCCACUGGAUCUGGCUCUUUGCCUGCAUUUUGAAGGAAAGGAAUCCAUUUGGGGAUAUUUCUCACACUGAAUAAACUUCUCAACUACUGGCCCAUUAGCCCUUUCCACUCCUGAAAGUGACAUGAGCCCCUGGGCCUAGAAUAAAAAUAUAGGGCUCUGACUACUUUACAGGAAAAGUGAUUUAAUAUCCACAUAUCCCCAAGUAAUUACAUUCUGAGAUUUCAACUUUUCUUCCAAUUCUUAAUUCUUCUGUUGUUUUUUUCUCUUAUGAGAAGAAAGUGUAGGUUAGCAAAAACAAAAUAAGUUAGCAAAGGGCUCAUCAUUUGUCUUAUGUUUUUACUGCCAUGAAAUUGUAUUCUUAUAUGUCUUUCAGUCCAAACAGACAUUCACUGCCACUUAUAAAGUGAAGGAUGUAAAUGAGGAUAUAUGACUGUUUCAGUGAACAGAGUUUGUGAAGUGCCUUCUGUUCUAGCACUUUAAGUUUAUCACAUUUUGUUGACUUCUGACAUUCCAUUUUCCUAGAUUACAGGAAAGAUCUGUUUAUGUAGUUUGUUUUUAAAAUGUGCCAAUGCCUGUACAUUAACAAGAUUUUUAAAAAUAAAGUUGUAUAAAACAUU